AUGUCCAGUCCCCUAACAAUAACCCCCCUCUACCCGACCUUCGGCGCCCAAAUCUCAGGCGUCGACUUCUCACAACCCAUCCCCGAUUCAACAUUCGGCCAAAUCCUCACCGCAUGCCAUAAGUACGGCGUCUGCGUAUUUCGCAACACUGGUUUGAAUGAUAAAGAACACGUCGAAUUCUCGCGACGAUUCGGCGAGUUAGACGAUAUAAGACCGUACCUGCAUCCAGGUCGAAAACUGCGGUAUGACUUCGUGGAGUUGUUCGACGCGGGGAAUGUAGGUGAUGACGGAAUGCUUUUGGGGAGAGAGGAUGCGCGGUGGUGGUAUAACAAGGGCAACGCGCUUUUCCAUGUCGAUUCGUCGUUUAACCCACGACGAGCUUCGUUUUCAUUGCUUCGUGGUGUGGUUUUACCGCCUGCGCACACGGGGGGGAAUACGGAUUUCGCGGAUACAAGGACGGCGUUUGAAGAGCUUCCGGAUGAGGUGAAGGAGGAGUUGAUUAGGAAUGAUUAUGUGGUUGCGCAUUCGAUUCAUCAUUCCCGUAAAGUGGCGGCGCCGGAGUAUUUUAAAGACGUCGACCCAACGAUGUUUGAUAUGAAGAAGCAUAAAUUGGUGCAGUUACAUGAGCCUAGUAAUAGGAUGAAUCUGUAUAUUGCAGCGCAUGGCCAUCAUAUUGAAGGGAUGCCGAAGGAACAAAGUGAUGAGCUGUUGAAGACGUUGAUGGUCCAUGCGACACAGGAGAAGUAUACUUUUAGUGUGAAGUGGGAGAAUGAGGGGGAUUUGAUUGUGUGGGAUAAUACGUGUGUUAUGCAUCGGAGUGGGAGGUUUGAGGGGGGAUAUGUGAGGGAUAUGCGGCGCACAACGGUGCAUGAUGCGAGUAGUACUGCUUGGGGGUUGAAUCGAGAGGGGGAGAAGAAGUUUGGGUUUAACGUGGCGAAUAUGAGUUCGAAAGGGGAUGUUGUAGAACAUCAGACUGUCCAGGCCAUCUGA